AUGGGGAGCAACUUCGCGUCUUUGGGUGGGCCGGGAGUGCUGGAGCCGUCUGUUGAGUCCACAAAGCCAGACGAGGUGCCCACGCCAAGGCAAGUCGUCCUUUGCCUGCGGGCAUCUCGCUACACCUUCUUUGGUGCUACCGGCGGUCAGACUGAAGGCUACUGUGUCCGCAUCAUCCAGAACAACACCUCCUCGCGCCCGGCCUGGUUGCUGACGAUCUCCUCGAAGAUCGUGGAGUCAGGGUACCUCAGUUCGGAGGCCUCUCAGAAGGUUGUGCAGGGAGGCUGGCUGCAGCUGAGAAUGAAGGCCUACAAAGCCCGGAUCUCCGCAUUCGUCGAAGGCGAGAAGGUUGCCGAGAUCGUCGAUGUCAGCUAUCCACUUGGACAGGUUGGCCUUGGUUGCGGCUACCACAAAUGCCAGUUUGACAACCUGGAGGUGCGGCCAGCGAAGGGCAAGCCAGUCACGGGCUUCCCGAAUCUCGGUAGAUAA